AUGGAGGUCGUAGCGGACGGCGACACCGACAAGAUAAAAUACUCGGGCCGAUGGUCAACUGUGAAUACCUCUGGAGCCACAGAUGGGACCGUUCAUAGCUCGAAUGACCCGUCGGCGUCGAUUAGUCUCCUGUUUCUGGGGACUUUUAUCCAAAUAGACGCUCUUAGGUCGCCCGACGGUGGCAAUUUCACGGUCUUAUUGGACGGUUCCCUAUUCGGCCCCUACUCUCUGUACUCGCCCAACGCAACCGUCGGCAACGUAUGGAGCCAGACCAGUCUCAGUCCCUCUGCCACCCAUACGGUCGAGAUGCGCAAGUUUCCGCGUAUCGGCUGUGGCGACACCUUCGCCGACUUCUACAUCCACCCAGAGCACGUCUCGAUCCACGAGUUCCACGAGCAGCUCAAGUACGUCAAGCCUCACGAAUGUAUCCUCCUCAUCUACGUCCACAUCAUCCACGCCAACAUUUACGCCCUCUUCAUCCCUUGUAUCAUCAUUUUCCUCUUCAUCAUCACAUUUUCGUCCUUCUUCCACACCGCAGGACGGUACUCCUUCCUCAUCAACCACCCUACCUUCUUCGACGUUUACCCCUUUACCCCUUUGCCGCCCUCGUUCUCACCCGAACCCGAGUCGCCUCCAUCCUAUGUAGACACGGGCUCGGACGAACCUUCCGUCGUCCCCGGCCCAGUACCUGUUCCAGAUCCUGAACCGUCCGCCAUUGUCCCUGUUCCCAUCCCAGUCCCUGAACCCUCCGAUACGUCCAACACGAUCGCUGACCCGAGCGACGAUUCCUCAGCGUCCACCUCGUCAACAUCUCGCUCCUCGACAUCGCGCUCCACUAGUUCUUCAACCUCGAGCACUUCACAUACCAGCCACUUCCCCUCGACGAUCCUUUCCACCCAACUCGCUCACCUACUUCCGCCCCUGCCACUGAAACACCGACUUGUCAUCGUCACCUCUCUCCUGGUCAUCCUCGUCGUUGCAAUUCGAAGACGACUCGCGAAGCGUACAGAGGAGAGUCUACGGCCAAGCACGACACCAGCAUACCAGACGACAAGUACACAGCGCAUGACUGGAGCCCCACUUGCUCCUUUGGGUGUUUACAACCGCUAUCCAUCGCCAAACAGUACCACGUCCAACGUCAUGUCGCGAGGACUGUACGACACUGCUGGAUAUGGAUUCGGCAGUAAUAGCCACAAUGCCCUAUCGCCCGUCUCAAGAACGCUUUCCUCGCCGAAUAACAUUGGAGCUGGUGGCGGUAGUGCAGACGACCGACCCAUCUCGUCUGUGGAAGAAUCGAGCAGCAAUGCACACUACGUCUUCCAGCCGGCGUCGGGAGUGGAGGAAUCGCGUGGACCGGGAUACGCGGAAUCUGUUGCCUCGGACUAUCCUUAUAGUCUCACAUUCCAAAGCCCACGAGCUUACUAG